CAAACCGCAAAGUUAAGGGAGUCACCGGCCGCGCCGCAGAGAGGAAACUAAGUCGGGAUUUUUUUUUAUCCUGGGUGUCACAGGCCAGUGCAGCCAAAUAGACGGAAAUAAUUUUGUUUGUGUGGCGCUUAAAUUUCAAUGCAGCCGAACGGUUUGUGUGUUGCUGGAAAAACGAUGUCUAAAACGAAGAGUAAAGCAGCUGAAGACAUGGCCGAGGCGAUGGAGACAACCAUGCAGCGACUUCAGCAAAGAUUCCAGAGCAUCUCUGAACAGCUGGAGUCCAAACUUGAUCAGAUGGGAACCCGCAUCAAUGACCUUGAGAAGAACGUCACUGAGCUCAUGACACAAGCUGGUAUGGAGGAGCAGCCUUCUUCAAAGUGACGGCUCAUCUGUCCAAUGAGCGUUUUCUGUCGGACUUCCUGUUAAAACAGUGACCUCACAUUACAUCAGUUUUGAAACAGGACCUGUGUUGCUAUCUCUGAAGUGGAUAUCAUGUUAAAUCUGAGCCUGAUGUCCAUGUUUUCCCAAGUGCUACAAUAUGCUGCUCAAAUCGUGUCCAAUAAGAAUGCUGCAGACACAAAUUUCAGGGUAGCCUGUGGAGAGUUAUUGCAAACAAACUCUUAAUGCCUUCCAAUUAAAAAGUCUUAUUUUCCACUUUUCCAACUCAUGACAUACAGUCUCUGACCACUUUAUUAGGUACACCUAUACAGUCUGUUGGACAACAGCGCUGCCUCAUCUCAUAUUCCUCCAUGACCAAGUUAUCGCUGUCAGUUUGAGUGGAAGUAUUCAGAGAAGUGCUACUUCAACUGUAUGCCUAUUCUCAGGACAGUCUGUAUUGGUUGUAAACAUAUAAUUAAAUGCCUUUCUGACCCUCUGCCAAUUACAAACAAACUUUAGUAUCUUGUUAAAGGUAAGGUUGAUGGCUGAGCUGUUAUGAAGGACUGCACUUACAGGUAAGUGUCAGCAUAGCACAUUUUCAUAGGCUUUAUUAAUCUCUUAAAACCGACAUUGUUUGCAUGUUAUGGGGGUUGCCGUCCCUACUUUUACUGUCACAUCACUAUUCUUUACACUGAUCAAGCAUGACAUUAAGCCCACCCGCCUAAUAUUGUGUUGGGCCCUCUUUUGCUGCUGAAACAGCCCUGACCCAUCGAGGCAUGGACUCCACUAGACCCUUGUAGGUGUGCUGUGUGUGAGAU